AUGGAUGCGACAACAGAAGAGUUUCCUCCGACAAACCCACCGCUUCCUGACGAUUACUCGGAUGUAGAUUCUGAACAAUCCGAAGACGACGCAGUUACAGAACGUAGAAAGUAUCAACGUGGAGGCCGAAAACAGAGUACCACAAACCACAUCAGAGCGAGCCGAAUGCCCCCAAUACCAGAACCGGAAAUUUCAACAGAACCAAAACACAGAGAGGAGGUCAAGAUGGAUCAAGAAGAGACACAAGUGAACGGGACAUCAUGUCCAGAAUGUGCCGCGAGGAAACAGAAGGUGGAGGAAAAGCAACCAGAGGAGCAACCGGAGAAGCAACCAACGCCUUUUGAGACGGGGAUACGAGCUUUCAAUUUGAGGAAAGCUGCUUCUUCGAGUGGACGGCCUGUUGGAGUUCGAACAACCACUUCUGAAGACAAGAAGUCGAAGAAGAAGUCUUCAAAAAAGAAGAAAAAGAAGAAGCAAAAAGCCGAGGUCAAGGAAUCCGAGACCGAGGACGAGAGUUCCAGCGAGGAGGAAGAGGAGGAGAAACCGAGACCGAUGUCCAUAAAACUUGAUCUCAACCUUGUGAUUGAGAUCUUUUUGAAAGCAAAAAUCCAAGGCGAUGUUACUAUUACUUUCUUGUGA